CCCAAACCAGAUCACAUCGUAGUUUCUGCACUAGCCCAUGCCCGUUCAUAUCAUCGCUGUCAUUAGACCUCGCAGCAACAACAUUGUCAGAAGAUACACCAGCCAGACCUCUCAAUCCAGCGAAAUAGCUCACUCACCGGGGGUUUCGAUGCGGCCUCUUCUUCUUCUGGGUUUCGAUCGGCUGGAAAACCAAUUCCCCGGCGUCUCCCCUUGGACCUGUCAUGGUGUCCUCCGCCUCCUGAAACCCAAGCCCUCAUUUCUGCCCUUCGAUUUCUCAUCACCACUAGCAGAAAUCAGCAAAGCCUCCUUCUUGAAUCAGACUCUCUUACCGUCGUCGCAGCCAUCCUUGACCAAGAUCGCACUCCAUGGGAGUUCAGCGCUCUCUUUGCCGAAGCUAGGGCUCUGCUCCGCCUGUUCCCAACCCUCACCAUCCAAGACUGUCGAAGGGAAACAAACGCCGCUGCUGACUGGGCUGCAAAAGCUCAAGCCCAAAAUCUUCUUCCAGCGAACUGGGUCACUUCCCCCCCUCCUGCUUUGUUUGACCUACUGUGUACUGAUAUGUUGAACUACUGUAAUUUCUCUAUUUCAUG